UAGUUCGCAUCCGCGAGGUUCCAAUAGAAAGGCACCUUGGAACGACCCCUGAUAACUAAAACGCGGUGAUUAACCAACGAAUUUAACCCGCAGCGAGCAAAAGCAUAUGAAAGUAAACAAAUCACGGGCAGUUGUUCUUAGGUCGUUAAAUUCCCGUCUGCAUUUCGAGUUCGACACUCAGUGAUAACUGAUAACCCCAUUUGCUGUUCCAAUCCCCUCUUCGUCCCAUCGCGUGGCGCCACAAUGUUCCACAACAACAACAUCAACAACAGCAUAUCGAUCCCCGUCUCGGACGACGAAUCCGACGAGCUGGGUCGGAUGCGGAUCCGCGCGCGGCGCAAGCGCAAGAAACUCGGCAACAGACGCUUGCUCAGGAAGCUACUCCUCCGAUACUGGAUGCUACUCAUCAUUAUUCCCGCCACGGCUUUGCUCCUAUUCGAGACCACCAGAAUUGCCCGAAAGCCUAGCUUAGACACCAACGCCGACGCACAAACACACUCUAUUCACGUUCGUAGAUCUACUCCCGCAUUGCGGAAGGAACCCCCCGCCAACUUGAAUCGCCUCGAUCCUACCACCCAUGUUGUGGGUGGUGUCAGAGAGCGUUGCUUGAAGCUCCUACCACAUGAAAAGCUUGAGCAUCUGGAUAUUCCUGCGGAAGAAGAAUCUUUUAGUUUUCCUGUUGGUGAAGUUUUAUACAUGUCAGAAAGUGAUGAGUCUUUUGUAGGAGGGAAUGUUACGCUGUCUCAAUUGCGUACAGAGGACACAAGGUUUAAUUUAUUUACCGGUAAUCAAACAUUUGAACAGAGAGAUAAAAGUUUUGAGGCAAAGGAAACUAUGAUGGUACAUUGCGGAUUCUACAGUGUGAAUGGAGGGUUUAAGAUAUCUGAUGAAGAUAAAAGUUUUAUGCAAAGUUGCAAAGUUGUGGUAUCUACUUGUGCAUUUGGUGGCGGGGAUGAUCUCUAUCAACCAAUCGGAAUGUCUAAGGCUUCGCUUAAGAAGGUUUGCUAUGUAGCAUUCUGGGAUGAAAUCACGGUAAAAGCACAGGAGUUGGUGGAACGAAGAAUUGGGGAAAAUGGAUUUAUUGGAAAAUGGCGUGUUGUUGUCGUUCAGGAUCUUCCUUUUGCCGAUCAAAGGUUGAAUGGUAAAAUUCCCAAGAUGUUAAGCCAUCGCCUUUUCCCUCAAGCAAAAUACUCUAUUUGGGUAGACUCCAAGUCCCAAUUCCGGAGAGACCCACUAGGCGUGUUGGAAGCACUCCUUUGGCGCACAAAUACUAUACUAGCCUUAUCAGAACAUGGAGCUCGCAGUAGUGUCUAUGAUGAGGCUAAGGCUGUUGUCAAGAAGAACAAAGCCAAGCCAGAGGAAGUUGAAGUGCAACUGAAUCAAUACAGAAAAGAUGGCUUGCCUGAAGACAAGAGAUUUAAUGGAAAAAAAGCUCUAUGUGAAGCCUCUGUCAUCGUGAGGAAGCAUACACCACUAACUAAUCUAUUGAUGUGCGUCUGGUUUAAUGAGGUGGUUCGCUUCACUUCUAGGGAUCAGCUCAGCUUCCCAUACGUCCUGUGGCGGCUGAAGGCAUUCAAAAACAUUAAUACAUUCCCUGUUUGUACUCGCAAGGAUCUUGUCAAUAGUAUGGGCCAUAUCCGGAAGGCCAAACCUUUGCAAAGCUGAUUUAAUUAACUUGGUUGAGAGCAAUGCCUACCUGCAUUUAUCUAACUCAUCUCAUAUUUCAUUAGUUUCUCUAGCCAAUCUGAAUCAGGUAUAUGUAUUGUUUUUCUAACCUCACGCGCCCUUCUUCUCUCAUAGCAAGUGAAUGGUUAUAAGUUAUAUUUACUAUUUACUGUGAGAUUUUUGAUUAGGUUGUUUUAUAAAAUAUCUAGUUGACAGAGGAAAAUCAAACAAACAAGAGAUCGCUGUGCCCAUUAUAUUUAGUGAAAAUAAAUAAAUGCAGCCAUACAUAGCUGUUGGAAUACAUCUCUCCUGUCAGACAUGUAGCAAUUCCUCCAGUGGUAGCUAAUGAUGGCAAGGCAAGGAAAAUCAUCGUGUCAGACAUACGAUGAAACAGUUAACCAGAGCAAAACUUCAAAGCACUGGUGCAAAAGAUGCGUUGUCAGCUUGGUGAUGCAUUGUUGCAAAACCAGUGGAUAAAAGCAUAGAAAGAAGCCAUUGAAAAUCCUGAGAUAGUGAAGUUACAUAAAGAGAGGGAACCAUUUUAAGGUUGGGUAGUUUCUGAGGAAAUGGCUUGGAUCAAGUUGUUCCUGGAUGUCAAUUUAAUUGGUCAUUUGGUUUUAGUUUCAAGGCCUUUUAAACGAUAAUUGGAAUAAUAAGCCAGACAAGAGCUGAAAGAAAAGGAAAAAGCUGCAUUACGCGUAAUGAAAGGUGCCCUUCUAAGAUUUAGUAGUUUUUGCAGAACUAAUUGUUUAGGGAUUAGUUGUGCCUAGAUGUCUAUUUUUUGUGGUUUUCAGUUACCAAAGCUUUUAGAGCUUUUUAUGCUUAAUGGAAGUCCUUUAUUUUAAUUUUUUUUUCCCCAAGUUACCGAACCCGUAAAUUAGUCUCAAAAGACAGGAUUCAUGAUCCAAAGGAAGGCAGCAAGACCUUCGAGGGGAUGAACUUCGGAUGCUUUCAAUUAAACUUGAUGAAAAGGUCAUUCAUGAAGCAUUGAAUAUGGCAUGGGUCCUUUUUAAGAAAGAAAAUAUGAUUUUGUCGUCUACUGGAACAUUUUGCACAUUGGUUUAGGAAGAGAAUGAACUAUAGGUUUUUGCAAGAUUUCCUUUGUUUUUUCAACUAAAUCCUCCUCUCUCAACACUAAAGGUACAGGUUAUCAUGAUUUCCCUAUUCCGUAUUCUGAAGAAAGGAUAUAGUAGUAUCUUGGGGCAAAAUAAUUCACAAUCCUGCCUCAAAUGUUUGAGAUUAGGUAUCAAAAUUAGUCUUUCUAAGAAAUAAAUAGACUAAAGCAUUACCCCUCU